UUCAAUACUACAAGAACAAUCAUCCUUUUUAACAUGACCCAAACUUCAAACAUAUCUCACACGGUCUGCAAUGUGAACAAAAACAUGGAACCUUUCACAUACCUUUACUAUUUAAUCUUCAUGGUUGGAUUUUUUGGCAGUUGCUUUGCAUUGUGGGCUUUUACUAGGCAAGAGAAUAACAAAAAGUGCACAAGUAUAUACCUCAUCAAUCUAUUGAUAGCGGAUUUCCUACUGACUCUGGCUUUACCAUUCAAGAUUGUUGUUGAUUUGGGUGUUGCAUCAUGGAGACUGAAGAUUUUCCACUGUCAAGUAACAGCUGUCAUUAUCUAUGUCAACAUGUACAUAUCUAUUAUAUUUUUAGGAUUUGUCAGUAUGGACCGUUGUCUUCAAACAAUACACAGCUCUAAGCUGUAUCAAAUACAAAAGUCUGGGUUUGCCAAGAUGAUAUCUUCAGUAGUAUGGGCACUUGUUCUUUUUAUUAUGUUACCAAACAUGUUAAUACCUAUAAAUGAUAUACCUGAAAGAGAAAUUGUUGGAUGUAUUGAAUUCAAGCAAAAGAUUGGAAGGGAUUGGCACGUUCUCAGCAACUUCAUCAGCAUAGCAAUAUUUUGUAACUGUUCUGCCAUCAUUUUGAUAUCUAAUUGUCUCACAGUCAAAAGGCUUUGCAAAAACAAGGAUUGUGAUGAAUACAAUAACAUAAAACAAGCAUUGGUGAACAUCUUCCUUGUGACAGCUGGAUAUAUAAUUUGUUUCCUUCCAUAUCAUAUUGUCCGCAUACCAUAUACUUUAAGCCAAGGGGAUUUUAUAACGGACUGUAGGCUAAAACAAGUACUUUUUCAUGCAAAAGAGUCAACAUUGUUGCUUUCAGUUUCAAAUUUGUGUUUUGACCCUAUCUUAUAUUUUUAUCUUUCUAAAACAUUCAGGUCCAAAAUCACAAAGACAUUUUCAAUAAAAAAGGAAGUGAAAAUGAACAAAGAAGAAGUCCCAGAGUGUGAAACAGCAAUGUAGAAAACAUACGUCUUCAGAAAGGCAUCUGAAGUAGUUCAUCCACACUGUAAAACUAAAUUAUACAAUCCUAUCUCAAGUAUUGUAUUAUUCUUUGUAACUUAACCAUGAAUAUGAGGUAAUGGGAUAUAUUACAAAAGUCCAUAUGAACGUUGAAAACUUUUUUUUUAAUUAAAUAUGAAAUCAGAAAUCAGCUGAACAAAAUAUGCAUAGGUAUCACUUUUAAUGUAUUUCUAUUUAAUGUUUGAUUGAUAUAUUUUAUUUUAAUAAUAUUAUUUUAAUACUAGAUUAAAAUGAAUGACUGCUAUAGCUUGUUUUAGAAUUUUAGAAUUGACCAUUUCCUUUGUGCAGAACCAAAAAAAAUAUAUACGUUUUAAUUGGCUAAUGUCAGACCCACUUCACAACUAAUAAAUAAUGUGUAAUAAAAUAAACCUAAAAAUGUUUUAGACAAAAAUCAGAAUACUAUUAAGAGUUACUAUUUUUAUUAGACCUUUCUGCUCUGUUGGCCGUUUUAUCAUUAUAAAUGCUUGCGCUUAUAUAGGUGCUGAAAGCCUGUCAGUCAGAUGGGCACCAUGUUGUAAGUGGCAUGCAGGUGCUUUGAAUGUUUCCGUAUUAUUUGAGUGUUGACAUUUAAAACCAUCAACAGAACAAAAAUGUUAAUAGAAAUAUUUAUCUAUUUUGUCAAACAACAUUUACACAUAAUAUUUAGCCUAAUAUCAAAUGGAAUUAGAAUGUUUUUGAGCAUUUUACUUGUCUAUAAAAUAAGUAUGUGCACUUGCAAAAAUUAUGUCAGGAUAAUAGAAAGAAAUAAUGUAAGGUCCUAACAAUAAUAAUAUUACUUAAUAAAAUAUUUUCCAAUGA